UGGUGACUGACCUGUGGGGUAGACAGACAGAGCCCAGCUGCUAUGUACCCGUUGGUGUAGACCUCCCUCCUCUAUCUUAUCGAUCAAAAACGCCCGGCCGGUUGCCGGCUUUCUUCCAAGGCUGUGCAGUCUUGUUAUCCCACCUCAGCCACUAACAUCCAAUACUGACGUAACCGUUCCCACAUGAUACCGGUACAUUAUGUAGGUAGGUACCUCGCCACCAAGGAAACAACAUCCAAUCCAAAUAUUUUGGAUACCAAGUAUUUGCGUUCGUUCAUACUUAAUAAAACCCCCGUUUCCUUCUCCAUAUCCAAACGACCUCGAACAUCACCACAAACACACCACAAUAGAAGCGCAAAACAACAUGUCAUUCCGCGACACAAACACAGCAGACCCCUUCUCCGCGCCCCCGCCGCCGGGCCCGCCCCCGCCCUCGCUGCCGGAGGGAUGGCUCGCCAAGUGGGACGAUAAUUAUCGGCAGUACUACUACGUCAAUCUGUAUACCAAGAAGAGCCAGUGGGAAAUUCCUACGGUUGCUGCGAUGGGGGCGGGUGGCAAUGGUAUGUACACAGCAGCAGUAGAUGGUGGCAGGUGGCAGGUGGCAGGUAGCUGAUGGCUGAUGUUUCCAGGCGAUCCGCCACCAUAUGGUGC